UUCCCUGUUUCUCCGGCAUCACACGCGACCUUCGUCUCUCUCUGUCUCUCUCUUCAUUAGCUAAAGAAGAGAACCCUCAGAAUUGCGGCCUGCGGAAAAAGGACUCUGAACUUACAGUCUCAGGAAGAAAGAAAAAAGAGAAAUGAAAAUUUAAGCCACCAUUUCUUAUCUCGUACCCUCCCACAGGCCACAACGUGGGCUCACCCUUCGCUCUACGAACUCCCAGCUUUCUCGAAAUUUCACGAAUCCAGACAUGUACUUGCCUGAUAAGCCUCGCCCAAUCGAUAUUUACAAGGAAGAAGGUAGCAGAGAUAUGAUGAUCGAGGUCGCCUCUAAUGGCGACCACCAUCUUCCUCCUCACCAGCAUCAGCAGCAGCAGCAGCAGCAGCAGACUCAUCCGCAGCACCAACUUAUGCUCGGCGAUAGCAGUGGGGAGGAUCACGAAGUCAAGGCUCCGAAGAAACGGGCGGAGACUUGGGUUCAGGACGAGACUCGGAGCUUAAUUUCCCUACGCCGGGAGAUGGAUGGCUUGUUCAAUACCUCCAAAUCCAACAAGCAUUUGUGGGAGCAGAUAUCCUCCAAGAUGAGGGAAAGGGGCUUCGAUCGCUCCCCGACUAUGUGUACUGAUAAGUGGAGGAACUUGCUCAAGGAGUUCAAGAAGGCAAAGCACCAUGACAGGGGAAGUGGCUCUGCCAAGAUGUCGUAUUACAAGGAGAUUGAAGAAAUCUUGAAGGAGAGAAGCAAGAGUGCGCAUUACAAGAGCCCCACACCACCCAAGAUUGAUUCAUAUAUGCAAUUCUCAGACAAAGGAAUUGAGGAUAAUGGUCUAUCGUUCGGACCUGUUGAAGCUGGUGGCAGACCAUCGCUCAAUCUUGAAAGACAGUUAGAUCACGAUGGACAUCCCCUUGCCAUCACAGCUGCUGAUGCAGUUGCUGCGACGGGUAUUCCACCAUGGAAUUGGAGAGAGGCACCUGGAAAUGGUGGUGAGAGUCAGGCAUUUGGCGGGAGAGUUAUAUCAGUCAAGUGGGGGGAUUACACAAGAAGAAUCGGUAUUGAUGGCACCUCAGAUGCCAUCAAGGAGGCAAUUAAAUCUGCUUUUAGGUUAAGAACUAAACGGGCAUUUUGGUUAGAGGAUGAGGACCAGGUUGUCAGAAGUCUGGACCGGGACAUGCCUUUAGGAAACUACACUCUUCACCUCGAUGAAGGGUUGGCUGUUAAAAUCUGCCUCUAUGAUGAAUCUGACCACUUACCAGUACAUACUGAAGAUAAAAUUUUUUACGUUGAAGAUGAUUACCGGGAGUUUUUAGCUCGUCGGGGCUGGACAUGCCUACGGGAGUUUGAUGGGUAUAGAAACAUCGAUAAUAUGGAUGAUCUCCGUCCUGGUGCGAUAUAUCGCGGAGUGAGUUGAGCAAGUACACAGUUAUGCCAAUAUGUUAUGAAUUUUGGCUUUAGUGCCCUUUGUGGGACUUGGGUUUCAGCACUCCAUCUUUACUUGUAAUCCAUACACUAAAUCAACCAUGUAAACAAAUAUGGCCUUUAUGCACAGACACUGCUUGUGCAUUUUUUGACAGGUUAUCAGUUAUCUUCUCUCUGUAUAUAUAAUAUGGAUUGUUGGUAGUAUUGUCUCAUCUGUACAGUGCCUAUGCAUGUUUUCAAAGA